AUGCGCGGAAUGUGGCGCCUCGUUUUGAUCUGGUUCACUCUAUUCGUUUCGGUUGAAAUGGUCACCCUGGAGGAAGGCUUGUCUGAUCCGGAUCGAUAUAUCCGUUACGACGCAGCGGACUACAAUGUCGGCAUGCAUGCCGGGAUUGUUCUGGCCAUGUUAUACGGUAUCCUGUCCACAGUUGUUCUCGGUAUAUAUAUCACAUCUCGUAUAUUGGGCUAUCAAAAGAAAGGUUUCGCAUAA